UUACAUUACAUUGCUUGACUUGACUUGACAUUACCGAUAUCCCCAGCCUCCUUAUACAUUGGUCCCGCCUCUUCGCACUUUUACCUAUUUCGAAUAUUCUUAACGUUACCUAACUCACCUGCCCGUUGGGUCCGUGUUUGUUUUUUCACUUUUACCAAGACUAAGGUUCACUCGGUCUUUGCGAAGCGUACCGCGUCGUGCCGCGUCCAUUUUUACCUAACCCCCGUGUGCUGCGCUGUCUUGUGCUGUGUUGUGUGGCGCGCGUGCCACUUCUGAACUCUUCUCUCUAGUCUCAUCUUACAAUUCGAAUCUUCAGUUCCUCAAAUUGUGUCACAUCAAAGUCGAUCGAGGUGCAUCUGGCAGCUUUGUACAGAAGGCAAAGAUCCAUUUAAACGACGUCAAUCUGGAACGACAAAAAUAGCACCCAUUAUAUCAUUUGUUUGAUCAACUUGGCGAGAGCAAGUUUUGUUUACCCUGUCAACAGACUCGACCACCUAUCGAGUUCGAGACAAUUGCAUUUAUAUCACUACUAAACAAUAUAACUUAACGGAACUCGAAAUCAGACUCGACCGGAACCUCGAGACUAUCAAAAAUCGUCCUUAAACCUGACUAGGACUGCCUGCUACCCGCUCUGCUCACCGCCUGCCCCAGUCAUUCGCUGAACCUGGAGGCGCCUCGGCUUGUCCUUGCUGGUCACUCUCACUCCCGUCCGUCUUCAACACCGCGCGCGAGUGGUUGGCCGUAUAACUUCCUUCAAACGAGCCUGCCAUCCUGUCGUUCGUUCUUCCGCCAUGCUAAUCGGUGCCGCUAAUUCUGCGUUUGUUUCCUGCUGCUAGUCUCUCGUUCGUUUGUUAUCGAGCUUUUCAUUGUAGUCCCCGUGGCCUUGGUCCUCAAUCGCAAUCUCGCGUUUUGCUCGCCUGCUUCUUAUUCGUCGUCAUUGCACAGUGAAGCAUCCGCAGUUGAUCACCACCGGGGUUCUUGACAGUUCAUGCGUAUGCGCCGUCGUGUACAGUUCGACUCUCAACUCGGAUUAGGCCAAUUGGUUUUAGGAAGCUUCCUUGGUCGAUACUGCGCCUUUUAAGCGUCAUCUGUCACUCGUUCUUCUCCUGACGCUGUCGUUCUGCAUCUUCAAAUCUCAUCUAAUCACUGCAAUCCGAGUCAAAUCACCAAUACGCAUCGGACCCAAUCACAGCUUGCCAGCUGUCUUGCGCGCCUUCAACUUGGCUCGCCGUCCCCGUAGAGUCGCCCGUCUACAGACCAAGUAAUAGGCUCUGCCUUGCGAGUCCCAGUUUGCUCUGGCUGCCUCUCAUCCGGGCUGCAUCGUGCGAGCUGCUGCAACGACCUGCGCGCACUUCGCGUCGUUCCUGCUGUGCGUUUUGCUGCAGUUGUGGAGCUCGUUAACGGUUAGUUCAGCCAACCUCCUUCUCCUACCUCCAUAUUCUUAUAUUUCCCUGGUUCUCUUUCGUCGCAUGUCCUGUUCUCGUCUAUGACGCUUGACACCCGUGCUUUGAUUCAUAUGCGAGGCUAUUCCCUCCACCCUCGUCGCCCCUCCCCUUUGUCGCCCUAGUCGAUAUACCUAAACUAAAGCAAAGUCCCUAGUCUCAGUCGUGGACCCUUCUACGCCUAGCCCACCUACACCCAAGUUUCACCUUGAACGUACCGGCUGAGCUGCAUGGCGUCCUCUGAAGUCGACCAGAAGUUUCUCGGCAAGCUUGCCAAAGCUGUCGAGAAUGACAAUCCUCUCUUGGCCAGCAUGCUCUUCAAGAUUCUAGGCUUGUCGCUCAACCUUGCCGAACAGCUUGUUGCUGCAAAGAAGCAGCGCCGGCCUGACUAUGAGCCAUCACCUAACGCGAUACGGCGCGUCUUGCGUAUCAUAUGGCUCUCCCGAGAGGGCAAGGUAAUGCUGGAACAGUAUGUCAUACCAAUGGUUGGCAACUAUGUCGAACUCAAGGUCCUCGCCUACAAACUUCGUGCCUCCUUCUCACAUAUUUUUGCUCUCUUCGGCAACACACCCUCGGUCUCGAACCUGGGAAGACAAACGCCAGAUGUCACUGCUGUACUGACGCCGCGCCUGGAUAAGGGAAAGGGACGCGCUGCCGACAUGGAAGUUGAAUCUAGGCCCUCCUCUGUUCAACCAACUCACCCCCUCGAAGGAGGACCCGUGUUGCCUCCCCCAGGGUUUGAAGAUCAAAACUUUACAUUAUCGCCCAACUUUCUCAUCCCGGCCAAAGACUACCUUCCUGAGGCGAAACAACAUUUUCAAGAGGCUAUCCAGCUUGCCGACUCGAUGCUCUGGGGCUCUCACUCUCUUCGCCUCUCCGUCAAAACUGAAUAUGCUGCCUUCUUAUACGAAUGUGUUCACGAUGCUGAAGGAAGCCGGAAAGUUGCCAAGGACACUAUCGCGGAAGUAUACGAGGCCACGGAGGGAAUGGACGACGACAUGUUUGGCGAUGCUUGCGAGCUGGUUACGGUCCUGGGCAAGAUGAUGAAACGUGGUCUCGGCACCAGUGGUACUCUACGUAAAGCUCCAGCAGUGAACCAAAAUCCCAUACCAAGAGCCACUCCCCCUCCAGGAAUGGAGAACCCCAUUUGAAGAGGGCACGACCAGCUUCUCACAGUACCCAACACAGACCACAACACUCGUAACGACUCGAGAAAGUUGUGGUAGCUUGACGAGCGGCUCCGAAGCAACUUGGGCGACACCAACUGGGAUGAGCAGAAGUACGGCUUGGGUCUAAGUCGCCUCACGCUAAGGGGGGGCCAAAUUUGAUUCACUCUGAACGGCCCGUUCCGCAACACCACAUCAAAUCACAUUCCUGUGGGCAUCUUAGACAUCGACACGAACAGCGCAUUUUUGCAUUAGGCCAUGGCAGCACUAGCUUGCUGAUGAAACAGCAAAACCCUCUCAUCGUGACUCUGGCACGAGGAUCGGAACGCACAUCACCUGGAGACAGGCACUGUUGGGUUCUUCUGGUAUUAUACCUACCAAUCGACUGGUUUACAAUUGACUUUCACCCGUCGGAGUCCAGCCUACACUAUCCUCAGCGCGCAUUUGGUCUUAUUUCACUUCUGUCCUGUUAUUUGAUACCCACAACUAUUUGUAUCUUUGUGUGCAUUUGCAUUGGGUUAUUGCCCUAUCUAUUUAUCAUCAGAUAUUGUACAAAAAUUUUGGCUUUUACGGUUAUGCUUUAGUUCUGCAUUGAACCGAGGUUAGGAAAAUAGAGAAAGGAGUUUGAUGUUAAGCCAAGGUGUCGGUUGCAUUUCUGGGCACAGUUAAUAGAUGAUUUAUCACCAAGGUAGCAAGCAUGUUACUUUUUUUUAAAAACAAAUACCUAGGACAUUUGCCCCCAGCUUGUUUAUUUUCCUGUUCUUCUCUAAUUCGCAGCUUUUCUAUGAUUGACCGAGUCUCAGAUCUGUCCCCGUCUAAGUUACCAAAACGUAACUUGAGCCAUCAUGAUGGUAUCUAUCGAAUUGUUCGUUUUACUCCCCGAACGCCAAGAAAAACACAACAAUAACGAAACAAGACAUCGAUCGUCUUGGCCGGGCAUGUUCGUCUCUAUUUGUAGAGACUCGCAACAGUCGAGAGUCACUCUGUGAUG